AUGAAAGCAGAAGUGUUGGUGUUGGGUAUAGAAAAGUUAUUCGAGGUUUUUCCUUGUACUGAAGCCCAAAGAGUGCAACUUGCUGCCUUCACCCUCGAAGACGAAGCAUGGAGAUGGUGGAUGCUCACGAGAACUGUACACCAAGGAUUAAUGUGGGAUAAAUUUUUGGAGCUGUUUUAUGAUAAGUAUUUUCCUCAAAGUAUGAGAGAUAAGAAGGUGACUGAGUUCGAGACCUUGAGACAGGGAAACCGAGCUAUUGCAGAGUACGAGACUCAAUUUGCUGAAUUGGCCCGUUUUGCACCACAUAUGGUGGAUACGGAUUAUAAGAAGGCAAGGAAGUUUGAAGGAGGACUACGAAUUGCUAUUCUCAACCAGAUUAAUGUGCUGAAACUACCUACAUAUGUUGAUGUAUUGGAAAGAGCAGUGAUUGCCGAAGGUAAUGUUUCCGCUCAAAGCCGGGUCUCAGAAUGGAGAGGAAAAGGACAAAAUAUUCAAACCUCAAUGGGCUCGGUGACACCGCCAAAUAAGAAGUUGAAUUCGGGAACUUCUAGUACAUCCACCUCUACCUGUGACUCUGCACCAAUUUGUCCGGAUUGUGGAAAAAGACACCGUGGGAUUUGUUACCGAGUAACAGGGGCAUCCUUCAAGUGUGGAAAGACAGGUCAUUUGGCCAGAGAGUGUCCGCAAAAGAAUCGACAGAAUGGGAAUAGAACUACCACAAGUUUGGCUGGAUCUACCCCUACCCCAAUUACAAAGGCAGCUACAAAACCCACCAACGCUAAAGAUCCUGCCAAACAAGGAAAGGUGUUUGCACUAAUUCCAAGCGAUGUGCAAAAUACCGAGGCUGUGGUAUCAGGUACAUUUUUUGUUAAUGGUCAUUCUGCACAUGUGUUAUUUGAUUCGAGCUCUACCCAUUCUUUUGUAUCCAAAGCAUUUGCUAGUCAUUUAAAUAGUCCAAUGGAACCACUACCUUGUGUUUUGUGUGUGUCUUCGCCGUCAUGGGAGUCCAUGAUCUGUGCAUUCAUUUACCAUGCAUGUGAAAUCCUAAUCGGGGAUGUUUGGGUAGAUGCCAACUUAUUGCCUCUUGAUGUAGCUUAUUUUGACAUAAUUUUGGGGAUGGAUUGGUUAAACAAGUAUCAUGCGACUAUAAAUUGUGUGUCAAAACAAGUUACCUUCCAACUCCUAGGACAAUCUGAGUUUAUUGUUAAGGGUCAGAGAGUAGUUUCCCCACCCAAUCUGAUUUCAGCAAUAAAGGCAUGUAAACUACUACAAAAGGAUUGUUAG